AUGUCGGACCAAGAACCCACCGGAUUGAAGGCGGACAAGGGCAUUGAGCUGCUCACUUUUGGCACGCCCAAUGGAUGGAAAGCUAGCAUUCUGCUAGAGGAGCUCAAGGAUGCCUAUGGCAAAGACUACACAUGGCAGUCCAUCAACAUCAGCAAGAACACACAGAAAGAGCCUUGGUUCACCAAGCUCGGCCCCAAUGGCCGAAUUCCUGUAAUUGUCGACCACGAUCAGGGUGGCUUCGCCGUCCAGGAGGGUCUCGCAAUUCUUGCAUACCUGACGCGCCACUACGAUCCCGAACACAAAUUCAGCUUCUCCGACCCUCUCGAUAUCUCGCGCGCAGAGCAAUGGAUGGCCUGGCAACACGGUGGCCUGGGCCCGAUGCAAGGCCAGGCCAACCACUUCAACCGUUUCGCAAAGGAGCGCAUCGCCUAUGGCAUGCAGCGUUACACGGGCGAGACUGAACGUCUUGCCGGCGUGCUUGACACGGCUCUGGCCAAGUCCGACUACCUCGUAGGCAACAAGUUCAGCAUUGCGGACAUUGCCAGCUUUGGUUGGGUCCACAUGCUUCGCAUCUCUGGUGUAGACCUGGAGUCAUUCCCCAACCUGAAGAAGUGGUGGGAGCGCAUACUUGCACGGCCUGCAGUUCAGCGUGGCUUGGAGAUUCCGAGCAAGAGUGGAUUCGGAAACGACACCUACAUACAGAAGAUGAAGGACGACGCUGAGUUUGCGGAGAAGGAGCACAAGCUUGCGGAGCAGAUCAAGGCUGCCAAGGAGCAAUAUGGCUACAAGUAUUCCAGCCCUUGA